UCCCGGCUAAGCAGUCAACAGGACAAUGUGGGCCUUUUCCUCCUGGGCUCCACAUUGCACCUAGUGAUAGACCACAACAGCCCCUCAGGGUCCCUUCAGGGCCCAAGAUGUCCCCUGAGGCCUUCCAGGUGGCCCUGCUCACACUGUUCCUGCUGGCCUGUUCCACUCAGCAGAAGCCGCUGCAGAGCUGGGGGCAGGCAUCCCCUGGGGGAAAUGCCCAAAGCUCACUGGGAUUGUCUGGAGGUGAAGAGGAGGGUGUCUUUGACCUGAAGAUGUUUCUGGAGAACAUGAAGGUGGAUUUCCUGCGCAGCCUUAACCUGAGUGGCAUUCCCUCCCAGGACAAAAGCAGAGCGGAGCCACCCCAGUACAUGAUCGACUUGUAUAACAGAUACACCACAGACAAGUCAUCUACACCUGCUUCCAACAUCGUGCGGAGCUUCAGCGUGGAAGAUGCUAUAUCGACAGCUGCCACAGAGGACUUCCCCUUCCAGAAACACAUCCUGAUUUUCAACAUCUCCAUCCCUAGGCAUGAGCAGAUCACCAGGGCUGAACUCCGUCUCUAUGUCUCCUGUCAAAAUCAUGUGGACUCCGCUCAUGGGCUGGAAGGAAACAUGGUCAUUUAUGAUGUUCUGGAUGCUGAUGAGAUGUGGGACCGUGCCUCGGGGACCAAGACCUUCUUGGUAUCCCAGGACAUUCAGGAAGAGGGCUGGGAGACCUUGGAAGUCUCGAGUGCUGUGAAGCGGUGGGUCAGGGCCGACUCCACGACCAACAAAAAUAAGCUAGAGGUGACAGUGCAGAGCCGUAGGGAAGGCUGUGACACACUGGACAUCAGUGUCCCUCCAGGCUCCAAAAACCUGCCCUUCUUUGUUGUCUUCUCCAAUGACCGCAGCAAUGGGACCAAGGAGACCAGACUGGAACUUAAGGAGAUGAUUGGCCACGAGCAGGAGACCAUGCUUGUGAAGACAUCCAAAAGUGCUUCCCAGGAGGCAGGUGAGACCCAUGAGGAGGAGGGUCUGGAUGGACACACAGCCGUGGGGCCACUUUUAGCUAGAAGGAAGAGGAGCACCGGAGCCAGCAGCCACUGCCAGAAGACUUCUCUCAGGGUGAACUUCGAAGACAUCGGCUGGGACAGCUGGAUCAUUGCACCCAAGGACUAUGACGCCUACGAGUGUAAAGGAGGCUGCUUCUUCCCACUGGCUGAUGAUGUGACGCCCACCAAACAUGCCAUCGUGCAGACCCUGGUGCACCUCAAGUUCCCCACAAAGGUGGGCAAAGCCUGCUGCGUUCCCACCAAACUGAGUCCUAUCUCCAUCCUCUACAAGGACGACAUGGGGGUGCCAACCCUCAAGUACCACUAUGAAGGGAUGAGUGUGGCCGAGUGCGGGUGCAGGUAGUCCCUGCAGCCACUCAGGGUGGGGGUACAGGACAGGGAGGAGGUCCUGAUAAGGUCCUGCAUCCUCCUGGGCAUGACGUGCCUAAGUGGAUCUGAAACCAUCCUGGAGAAGAAAAUAAGCCAGUUGGCCUUCUUGUGUCCAGUGUCCUCUGCUGAACUGACAAUGACUGGGGUAUGCAGGUCCGUGGGCAGAGCAGGUGAGCAUGGAGGGGUUGAUGGGUAGAAAGGAGAUGACAAAAAGGGAACUGGGGACAGCUGAAAAACAGGCAGAAACUAGCAGAAGAUACAGGUGAUGUGCAGAGUCAUGGAGUCACGGGAUCCAGGAAGCCGAGACUCGUUUCAGCAACCUCAGGAGUGAAGGAAGGAGUGGACUCCAGCUGUUGUUUCCUGUCACUGCCCACACCCCACAGAGAUGUGUGUAGCAACCUCUGACUGUCAGUUGUAGAGACCAAAACUCAGCAAGCCAAUUACUAUGACUCAGAGGUAGGAUUCUACCCCAAAUCUGUGAGGCCCCAAAGUCUGAGACCUUCCCAAGUGUCCCGUGUGGUUUAGGAGAUCAGUGUGUAUUGAUGGAGCCACUAGAUAUUGAAAGUCCAGCAUGAGGCCAGGCAGGGCUGAGUCAGGUCCACACACCCACUAUGAAUAGGCUGCUUCCUGUGUUCCAACGUGAUCUCCUUGCUCCAUGCUUGUGCUCACUCUGUGGCCAUGUGAUUUAUGCUAUAACUCUUCCCCUGAAGAAAUAUCCCCAAGCAACCACAGAACAGAGGCAGUUCAGGACCUCAGCCCUCUGACGCACACUGUGACCCAAGCCUCUUUGACCCUGGUGCAGUCCUUGGGAGUUUCAGGAGUCAUACAAGGCCACUUGCAAUCCUUUGUUACAGUUCUGUAAGUAUCUGGGAGGGACUGCCUAGGAUUUGGGCCUCUGAAAUUAUCUACUCUGUCUCGACAGCUCCCCUGGCAGGAGUAUCUGUUGCCUAAGGACUCCACAGAGGACAAGGCUGGGGUUCAGAUUUGUUGGGUUCAAAUGUACUUCUGGUUAACUAUGAAACUUAACUAUGUACUUUCCCUGGUGACCUGCACUCCAGUGAUUAGAAGUUCAGCCUUACAUGUGAGAGCUCCUGGAAUCUAAAGAGAGCUCUUCUUCCUCAUCUUCCUCACCGACUGCUGUUGAGUCUGCCUGCACCAGCCAGCUUCCUUGAGGAGUGUGUUCCCAGGGAGAACGGCACUGUCGUUCUUGUGCCUCAACCUCCCAACGGACUCUCCCGGUGGCUCAUAGGACUGAAUGGGGUGAGGAAGACCCAAUGCCCUCUGUUAUUCAGGCCCCAAAGGACUUCAAAAGAUCUGGACCACUCUCAUUAACUGAUGUUCCAACAUAAUUUUUAAAAUGAUCUGUACUGAAUGUUUACAUGGAAUCAUUGACCAGCAUUAAUGCGAAACACAACGGAGCACUGGUGUUUAAUCUGCAGAGCUGGAGAAAAGAUAAAUCCCUAAUACAUACCAGGCAGCAUGGCGUGGCAGUGCUGUUCAGAGAUGGUGGUGGGUGGUGAUGUCCUCUUCAGGUCCCAGUGAUAUUUCUGUGUGUGUAUGAGGGAGAGUUUUACUUAGAAAUAAAGUCGAAUACCUGGA